UCUUUGUUCUCUCGGUUUUCUUAUUUCCAAAUCUUACCUUAAGCGUUUAAAACUACACCCUAGCAUCACCUUUUUGAAUUUCUUAAAACGUGACGCUCUAGUCCAGACAUAGAAGUGCAGCCCCGCGGCUGUACAGGGAGAUGCGAACCUGGGACGCAGCUCUCGGGUGCGGAGCCCGUUGUUUUCUGUUGAAAUAGAAGCAGUCCCAAGUCAGUGCUCAGCGGUAAAGACUCCAGCUGGGCGGCUUGCCCGGGCCCUGCGGGCAGCGUCGCUGGAGGAGGGACGGACCCUCCCGCUGCCGCGCCGGGGAGCGCCCGGGGAGCGGAACCGGGAGCACCGCCCCAGCGCUGCCGCCUCUUCAACAGGAGAGGACCGGGAGAGGAGGGGAGGCGGGUGACGGCUGCUGCAGCCCAGGGUAUCGCUGCUGCGCGGCGGCGGCGGGCUGAGCCUGAGCGCCAUGGCCCAGCGACAGCCGGCCACCACAGGGGACCCCGAGGCGGCGGAGACCGGGACUGGGGACGCCGGCUCGGAGCUGGCAGCGGGGAAUGGCCCCGUGCAGAUCCGAGUGUCAGUCCUGGCUGCCGGAGAGGAGGAGGAAGCGGAGGAGGCAGAAGGGGAGGACGGCAGCGAGUCGUGCCCGGCGGCGCGGGGCGGCGGCAGCUGCAGCGAGGAGGACUCGGGGCGGUGCGGGCGCUCCAGUGGUGGGGAGAAUGAUGACGACUCUGACCAGAACUGGAAACCACCAGAAAAUAACCUGAUCCAGAAGUUAAUAGCACAGAUUGAAUAUUACUUCUCAGAUGAGAACCUUGAGAAAGACGCCUUCCUUUUAAAGCAUGUCAGAAGAAAUAAGAUGGGCUAUGUCAGUGUUAAACUCCUCACUUCUUUUAAGAAAGUGAAACACCUUACCCAUGACUGGAGAACCACAGCCUACGCACUGAAGUACUCGGACUCUCUUGAGCUCAAUGAUGAUAACAAAAAGGUUAGAAGAAAUACUCCAGUUCCAGUGUUUCCAAGCGAAAACCUCCCUACCAGGAUGUUACUGGUGUAUGAUAUCCACAUGGUUUCUGAACUGCAGGCUCUUAAACAAGAAAAUGGAUUCAUGCAAGAAAGGAUAAUGGAGUAUCUCCUCAAGGCCUUUGUAACUUUUGGUGUAAUUUCAUCAGUUCGUAUUCUCAAGCCUGGUAAGGACCUACCACCCGAUAUCAGGAGGGUUAGCAGUCGGUACACCCAACUGGGAACUCAGGAGUGUGCAAUUAUAGAAUUUGAAGAAGUAGAUGCUGCUGUACGUGCUCACGACUUUAUGUGUGCUGAAAAGAAAGAGACCGGCAUGAAAGUUGUCCUAAUAGGCAUGAAACCUCCAAAGAAAAAAGUUCCCAAAGACAAGAACUGUGGUGAAGGUACCAGCAAGGGUCUUAAGAAGGUUAGAUCCCUUAAUAAGAGAGUUGAGGAACUUCAGAUAGUUGGUGAUGAAUCUUCAGCAAACAGCUCUUCUGACCCAGACAGUAAUCCUACAUCACCACUGUCAGGACGCAAAAAUACUGCAACAAGUACUACAUGUAAUUUGAGCCCGGUCAUUCACCCAAAUGACCGCUUGAGUCCUAGCGUGUCACCCAGAACAAGUCCUUGGAACAGUCCAUCUUCAUUAAGAAAAGUAACCAAAAAGUCUCCUCUGGCUGAAGACCGCAAGCUUAACCCAAGCACUAGCCCUGAAAUUCCAAGGAAGUGUACAGAUUAUUCCUCGGAUAGCAGUAUCACUCCUUCUGGUAGCCCCUGGGUACAGAGAAGAAAAGCUCAAACUCUUUCACAAGAGAAGAGUCCCAUCACUAGCCCCAUAUUGGUUCAGAAAAUACAAAAAGCAGAUGGUCUGCCUGUAGGGGUGCUGCGGCUGCCUAAAGGCCCUGAUGGCACUAAAGGAUUCCACAAUGGAUGUGAAAGAAGGAAGGCUAUGAAGGAAGCAUAAAUUAUUCUUUAAAAACAAUUUUACAAGUCAGGCAACAGCUUUUGUUCAAGCCUGGUUAAGAAUUGUCAUUUGAAUGAGUGAAUUAAGUCAGUAUUUAACUGUAAAAGAUUUUGUAUUCAUACAGAGACUUAAUCAUUUGUAUAUUUGCGUAUUCACUUCACAGAAUCCCAGAAUAGUUGAAGUUGGAAGGCAUCUCCGGAGAUGAAAUCCAGUCCACCUCCUUUGCUCAAGCAGGGUCCACAACAGGUCACUUACUUAGGAUUUUGAGUAUUUGCAAGGAUAGAAACUCCCCAGCCUGUUUGGGCAGUGUGUGGCUAUGUUCAACCAUCCACACAGUAAAAAAGUGUUCUGUUCAGGUGGAACUUGCUGUGUUUCCAUUCAUGCCCCUUUUCCUGUUACUGGCUAUAGCUAAGAAAAGCCUAGCUCCAUCUUCUUCAUUCCUUCCCAUCAGAUAUUAGAAACAUUGAGAUGUACCCCCUGAGCCUUCUCCAGGUCUCUCACAGGAGAGACACACCAGUCUCAAUGAUCUUGUGUGCUUACCUAAUGCAGUGCCAAUACCUGCAUUACUAAGUUUUUAAUGUAUUAGUUUGAAAUUCCAAAAUACAGAAACAGGCAUAUAAAUUAUUAAUGUAACUACAUUGUUUGCGAAGCUAUAAUCCUGACGAGCAGUGUGUAAAUACAGUUGAGUGGUAGUAUUAUGAUAAGCUGUGGUAUGUUACCAGUCUAAUCAUAAGGAGUAGAAGUCUUGAAGACUGUCUUGGAAAGAACUCUGAGAAACUCACAAUGCAGUAAGCAGUUGCUCCCUGCUUGCUUACGUCUCCAAAGACAGCACUGUUUAGUAGGACCAAAGUGUGUAUUUUCAUGCAAUGUGAAUAGAGACUCUGAAGCACUAGAGACUAUUCUCUAAGUGUUCUCUCACAUAAUCAGAUGGAAAUAAACAAAAGUAUUAACUUGG